AUGAAUUCAUUAAAUAACAAGAUGAAUAAUUUCUCAAUCUAUGACGUUCGGAAAGUUGCAAGGAGUGCACAAAAUUCAAUAUUCCAAUCAAAUUCAUCACCUAUUGAAUUAAUGAUUAGGAAAAGCACAAACACUGAUUCUUGGGGUCCAUCCACAAAGCAGUUAGAAGAGAUUUCGAAUCAAUUAGUAUUUGAAUCUGAUAUUGAAGGUGUUUUCGAUAUCAUUUUCAAUAGAAUCUCUGAAUAUUUAGGGGCAACUAAUAAGUUUAUUAAAAAGAAGCAAUCUUUUUAUAAUAAAGCUGUUCAUUAUGUUAAUAGUGGUAAUGAAUGGAGAAUUAUAAGUAAAAGUUUGAAAUUGUUGGAGUUUUUAAUAUUGCACUCUGGUGGUGAUGAUGCUAUUCAGAUUAUUCAAGGCUAUAAAGGUUUAUUGAAAAAAGUGUUGGAUGCUUAUGAAUAUGAAGGUUCUAUAAGUGAAAUUGUAACCACAUUGGAAUUGGAAAGGAAAGAACAUGGUAAAGUCAUUACAAAGCAAGUACAAGAGAUCUUGAAACUAUUGGAAGAUAAAAAUUAUAGAGAUAAAGAAUGUGCUAAGGCUUUAAAGACAUCGAAUUUGGAAUCCGUGGGGAAUAAUGCUAUUGUAUUCAAGAAUAGAAAUGGUGAUGAUGAUUUGAUGAUGAGAGGUAAUUACAAGAGUAAAGAUAUGGAUUCAUCAAAAGUGCAGAAUUCAAAUGCUAAAGAUGAGAUACGAAACCAAUUGGGUCAUAUUAUUUAUACUAGAAAGAAACUACCGGGUCAAUAUUCUGGUGAUUUUAGUGGUGAGCAAUUGUAUGAUGAUUUUGAUGAUAAUGAUGGGUAUCAACCUUAUGAUGAUACUUAUCAUGACGUUGAUGUUGGUGAGAAAGUUAAUAAGGGGUUCAAAGAUGAAGUGGAUGAUAAAGAAGAAGAGGAUGAUUGGGGUGAUUUUGAACAAGAUGAUGAUGAAGAUGAUGAAUUUGGUGAUUUCCAACCCACCCCAAAGACACCUCAAAUCGAUGAAUUUAAGCCUAAAUCAAAAGAUCAUGAGUCCUUGUUGUUAUCAUUUGAUGAUGAGCCAAACACACCAACAAAUCCACCCACGUCGUCUGCUUUUGAUUCGUUUUUAACUACUUUGAACUCUCCAGAUACUAGUAAACAAUCAACUAAGAAGAUAGAUACUUCUACAAAGCCAAAGAAUGGAGAUACGUUUGCUGAUUUGUUUCAAACUGCGAAGAAUGUGCAUUGA